UUCCGAAUAUACGUCAUAUUUAAAAUGGCCGCUUUCAUAAUAAUCUCGCGUUUGACAUACCUGUAGUUUGUUUAGUCGUUUUUACCAAAUUCCUACUCUAAUAUUUCGCUUUAUUGUGCUCGGAUGAAAGCUCUGCAGGAUGCCCAAAUAUUAUGAAGAUAAAGAGGAUGACGGCCGCGCCUGCUCUGGAUUAAGAGAAGAUUUUAAAGCCUGUCUCCUUCAGCAUGACUGUGUAGUGAAGGAAGGCAAGAAGCCCAGCGAGUGUCUGAAGGAAGGACAUUGCAGAAGCAUACAGGUGGCUUUCUUUGAGUGCAAGAGAUCCAUGCUGGACACCCGAUCUCGAUUCAGAGGCAGAAAAGGAGAAUGAAAAUCACCCACCUUGUGUUUUGAAUGAAGAUGCUGUGUCUUUCUGCUUCACACACAUUUGCUUGUAGAGAAAAACUGCUGUCGUUGACUUAUGAGACUCUCUUGAACUGCACCAAUGUCAUCAAAUAAAAUAAAGUGUUUUCCAGUUCUGAAUAAUAUUUCAUCUGAACAAAA